CAGGCGCCCGGGAGAACCUAUUUCUUUCACACAUAAAAAGAACAGGUCCUGCCUUAGUCCAACUUUAGCUUUUAAAAAUAAACGAUAGAGUUUUGUCCCAGGGGCUGUAAAUGACAGCGACACUGGGGAGGGGAGCUGUCUGCUUCCAGGGCAGGAUAGCUCUUGUGUGUCACACAGCUGGAUUGUGACAGCAGCCCUGUGCUGCUUCUGUGAACUAAGUAUCUCCCAAGUGUCAUUGCUUUCUUUGUCACCUUGAUCUUGCCCCUCCAUCACAUUGGGAAGGAGCACAGAAACUAAAGCGUGAGGGAGACCAAACCGUCCUUGAAAGCUACAUCCUAAAGACUUCCUGAUCCAAAAGGACAACUGGAUAAACAGGAAAGUGGCAGGUGUUUGUUCAUAGUCAUUUGUGCAACCAAAUACUCAGUAGGCUUUGCAUGGGCUACCAGUAACACGCAACCUCUUGCCAUCAACUGAAGACAGAAAGACAAGGAUUGCACUUUUGCUGCAGGCUGAUCAGCUCGGCCUAAUUUGACUGUUCCUCUCACUCCUUGUCAGGAAGUGCAGAGGCCCUCGUGGGGGGAAUCUCAGCGCUGCUAGGAGAUUCAGGAGGGAGGGAGGAAAACCAAGGGCACCUGCAGGACGUUUCCUUUGUUCCUCGCCUUCUGAGAUCUUUAAAGCAGGCAGGGGUGCGGUGAGAUGUCAAAUCCUCCUCCCCUCCCUUCACCUGGUUCCCUUAGGGUCUAAAGAUCGUGAACGAUCUUGUUGCGCCUCUCCAGUGCCCCUUUGUAAUUAGAGGCAGAGCAAAAAAGUAGAAGGGAGGGGCAGCAUCAUCUUUCCCAAUGCAGAAAACUGAGAAAGAGUAGCGUUUCCUCCACACCCGUCUAAAAGUGUUCACCAAUUGCCAAAUCACAAGAGCAAGCUCAAGGACUCAGGAUGAUUCAUGUAUACUUUCAACCUCUCGGUUCUUGAGCAAGGUCGAGGAGUCGGGCUUCGGGGAGACGUUGCAUCACAGUUUGGAAAAAACUUGGGGAUCUUCCUUAGAGGGCUCAUUCUUCCAGGAAGCAGGCAAAGAAAGACAGGAGUAGACGCCUGAGUGCGGGAAGCUGGAAAGAAAUCCGACCUCACCUUGGGCUCAAGAGUGAAAGUGGGGUCACUCCGGGACCAGCCCGCGCAUGGCAAGAAGGACUCCCGUUGGUCUACACGUGCUCGGCCGCUCCCCAUUAGGCUUAUGUACAGAAGUACAUUGUGAAGAAUUAUUUCUACUAUUACCUAUUCCGAUUUUCCGCCGCUCUGGGUCAAGAAGUCUUCUACAUCACAUUUCUUCCGUUCACUCACUGGAACAUUGAUCCUUAUUUAUCCAGAAGACUGAUCAUCAUAUGGGUUUUGGUGAUGUAUAUUGGCCAGGUGGCCAAGGACAUCUUGAAGUGGCCUCGUCCCCUCUCCCCACCUGUGGUAAAGCUGGAGAAAAGGGUGAUUGAUGAGUACGGAAUGCCGUCCACCCACGCCAUGGCGGCCACGGCCAUAUCCUUCACCCUCCUCAUCUCUACUAUGGACAGAUACCAGUAUCCCUUUGCUUUGGGACUGCUGAUGGCUGUGGUGUUUUCCACCUUGGUGUGUCUCAGCAGACUGUACACCGGGAUGCACACGGUGCUGGACGUGCUGGGUGGCGUCCUGGUCACUGCGGUCUUCAUCGUCCUCACCUACCCCGCCUGGACCCUUAUCGACCGCCUGGACUCGGCCAGCCCCCUGCUCCCCGUGUGCGCCAUCGUGGUGUCCUUCUUCCUGUGUUACAACUACCCCGCGUCUGACUGCUACAGCCCAACCAGGGCGGACACCACCACCAUUCUGGCCGCAGGGGCGGGGGUGACCCUCGGGUUCUGGGUCAAUCACUUCUUCCAGCUCGCGUCUGCGCCCACCGAGUCUCUCCCUGUCGUUCGGGACAUCCCGCCGCUCACCACCGACAUGUUGGUCUUGGGCCUGACCAAGUUUACCGUGGGCAUCGUGUUGAUCCUUCUAGUGCGCCAGCUAGUGCAAAACCUCUCCCUGCAAGUGCUGUACUCGUGGUUCAAGGUGGUCACCAGGAACAAGGAGGCCAGGCGGAGACUAGAGAUCGAAGUGCCUUACAAGUUCGUCACCUACACGUCCGUGGGCCUCUGUGCUACGACCUUUGUGCCAAUGCUGCACAGGUUUUUGGGGUUGCCCUGA